AUGAAGCUCCUCAGCAUCUUCAGCGUCGCCCUUCUCUCGGCCAGCGCAUCGGCGCGUAGUCUCAGCUUCAUGGGCAGCGAGCAACACGCGCUCGAAGAAGAGUUCCCCGUUCCUGGUGACAACCCUCUGCUCUUCUGCGCCGCUCCCAAGGACAACCUUCUCGAGAUUGAGAGAGUCGAUCUUUCCCCCAACCCUCCUUCCGCUGGCGUCACCCUCUCGAUCAAGGCAUCCGGUGUCUUGUCGCAGGACAUUGAAGAGGGUGCCAAGGUUCACCUUCAAGUCAAGUACGGUCUGAUCCGCAUCAUCAACCAGGAGGCCGACCUCUGCGAGAACCUGAAGAAUGUCGACCUUGAGUGCCCUCUGAAGAAGGGUCCCAUCGACUUGACCAAGGACGUUGAUCUUCCCAAGGAGAUUCCUCCGGGUAAGUACACCGUCCUCGCCGACGUCUACACCAAGGACAACGAGAAGGUCACCUGCUUGACCGCUUCCAUUGUCUUCAGAAGAGGUGGUGCUUUCGAGGUCGUUGCCUAAACAACACGACUCAACCACAAGCAUGUCCAAGCAUGAGACACGAAGGAAGGAUGAAGGUUGCAUCAUUGUAUCAUGGACCGUCGCGUUGAAGCGCAUAUCGCAUUGCAGUAUUAUACACAAUAGUAAUAUCAUGGACUCUUUUUGAACUUUGAUUGGAAACUCUUCUUUGGAUUCGGGGUAUCGUGAACGGGAUGAAACAAUUGAAUUACUCUCCAAACAACUUCUUGACGCGCUUCAUGACGCUGUCCUUCUCCGGGUCGUAGGGGUGGUCCUUUGAGGGGAUCUCGAGGAGGGAAGGGAAUGCUUGGGUGUAUGCGUCGACGCGGCUGCGGAUCUUGUCGGCGAUCUGUGUCCAGUGUGAGUACAAGAUUUCGGCAAUUGUUCCAGGUUGAGUAUCUAUUACAUGCUGGUUGAUGAGGAGAAUGGCAAUGUCCUUGCGCUCCUGGGUGAAGCUGUCAAAGGCCUCCUCAAUGGCUGAAGUCUCGGUCUUG